CUCCUAGACUACGAUGUGCUGUGUCUAUCCUGAAGAUUUCGUUGAUGUGAUGUAAGUCCCUCGCGAGAUGUUUUGAGCGUAGUGCAAAGCCCAAAGUUUCAUGAAAAUGAUAAUUUUCAAGACAUUCGUUGCUGACAUUUAAAUAAGCGCCGCUCUAUAUCUACUUGAUGCAGUCCGAGUCCAUUCGAGUUCUUUCAAUGCCCUAGUCUUUCCUUGAGAUUUGCUUGUUGUUGUGGAUUUAUAUCUUGAGAUAUCUCUUGGGCGUAGUGCAAAUGCCCAAGUUUCAAAAAAAUAUUCUAUUUUUAAACAAGCCCCGCUUCAUAUCUAUUUGACGCAGGUUAAUUUUCUAGUUCAUCUCCGAGAGGAUAAUGUGCUGAGUCUAUCCUGAAGAUUUCAUUUUACAUUACAAGACGUAAUUUCCAAUUGAAAAUCGGCGAAAUUAUUAAAUCGCUUUGAACGAUGGAAAAUAGGAACAAUUUACGGCGGUAAUUUGAAUAGAGACAAAGAUUGAGGAAAAAUCAUUGAGAAAGUUACUUUCAUCUCUUCCUUAAGAAGAAUUAAGGUAUUGUCAUGGAAGUAACACAAGAAAACCCCGACUUACAAACUAAGGAUGAAGGAGAGUUGGACAUUAAAUCCAUCUUACAAACUUUUUUUGCUGAUUUCCCGUCCGAAAGCGAUGCAACCAAGCUCCACUCAAAAGAAAAAAAGUUCACUGCAACGUUGGAUCUUCUUUUGAAAAGUGUAAAAACGUAUCAGUAUUUCUUUUUCAAUGGCAACAACUCAUUUCAUAAAGAGGAAUAUUAUUUUUCCUACUGGAUUGUUUAUCGUCUUGUUGCCAUUUUAUCGAUGACUCAUACGCAACCAGAACUUCAUCAAAAGUCUGCCAGAGCUGUUUUUUCUUUAUCAACGUUGUUGAAGUACAAACAUCACAAGCUUUACAUCAUAAUUAUGCGGACGUUGGUGAAAGUUGUUGAAGAACUUCACUCUUUUGCAAAAAAUGAACUAAUGGCACGUAAUCCAUCACAGCCAUUCCCUGUCUUUGUGGAGCAUUUUAAGGUUGCAAGUCCUGGAUCAGUUCCCGACGGUUCGUCACUUAAGUUGGACGCCAUGGACAACGUCUGGAUGUUUCUUGGAAAUAUGAGUGAAAUAAUGGCUCUUUUCGCGUCAGAUUCGUGCGCUUCACUUGGUAGUCACGUCAAAAUUUUGUGGAAAAUAUUCUGUGAUCAAGCUGUAUGGGAGCAGAAAAACGUCCAAGAGGUUUCUCUGCGUUGCUUGAGUGGUUUUCUUCGCUGCAGAUUUUUAAACAUGGAUGCUCAUUCUGACGAACUUUUUAAUGUUAUCAUUUCGUGUUUGAAAGAUGUUAGAAAUAUCCAUGAGAACGACUUGAGAUCUGCACCAUUUUUGGAAACUUUGGCCGACUUAAUAAAAACUGCAAUAGAAAUAUCUGUUAAACCAAUACCAACACAUCUCAUUGAUGUUCUUGCUAUAACUGUUUCGCAGAUCAGAUUUCAACUAGUUUCAAAAAAUUUCACGGUUUCAGUGAUGCAGAUGGUUUCUACUCUAUGCAUCCAGCAAAAGUGUUAUGAUUCCGGACUUCGACAGUGUCUUGGAAAUUGUGCUCAUACCUUUAUUGACUUUUGUAUUUGUUCUGGCGAAUGUUUUGAUGAGCGCGUUGAGAAAUGUCUUGCAGAUUUGAUUCUUUUUGAUAUAUGGCAAAGCAAUCAGACCAUUGACUAUAGUUUGCCAGAAACUACGCUAGGUCGUCUUUACGCGAGAUUGAAGGGAAUUAUAAACGAUGUACGUGGUCUUGAUGAUUGCAAGGAGCUCAAUAACUUGUGGAUGAAACUAUUAUUGUUACUGGGAUCUUUGUUACAGUUAGUCGAAAGAAAGGACGAGUUUGUUUUAAAUACGUAUCUUGCAUUUCUUGCUAUGGCGGACAGUGUAGUUAAAGAAAUAGCCUUACUCAUAUUCGACACAAUCGAUAAAGUGAAAUCCCCAAGUAAAACACAACAGUCAAAAGAUGAUAUGAUGAUCUUGAUGCAAGAGCUACUAGAAACUAUCAAAAGAUUCCUUCGCCAUCACAAAUCACUUCCUUCUACCAUCCAUAUGUUACCAUUGUUCAUGGCCACCGUCACUCUACCUUGGUUUCCUAAACUUGUUUCAAAUCCUGAAUACGUCGCCAUGUUGGCGACCUCAGCAAAGAAUCAUCUGCCUUUAUUCAAAGACAUGGAAACUCAUGUUGGAAAAUGCUUGGACACUGGCACUUGUCUUGAAACGCUAACGUUGUUUCCAUCAAAUUUUUCACCGAGUUGUAAAUUUCUUGUUUUCAACGAUGCGAUGGAAUGUGCGAAAAACGAAGACCUCCAAAGAAAGGCACUCGAGCUGUUUCCCGCCUUGUGUACUAAUUUGGACGUCACUUACCAGUCGAGAAUGAUCGAUCCUUUUUUGCAACUCUCCUCAAAUUAUGAAACUUUUCAAAAUUUACUGCCCGCAGUCUUGGGAACAUUAGGAUGUGCUAUGUGCCAAUGUUCACGAAUUUUUUUCGAAGUUAAAAAGUAUCCUUACACAUCGCUCCUGGUAAAAUGUACGGUUUGUGAUCUGAAGACAGAAUCAAAGAAUGCAAAAGCUGCCUUCACCAGUUUUUAUGAUUUUCUCGAUCAUUUCGUGGAUUCUGUUCUACCAAAGCUUUUUUCCAAAACGCAGCUGUCAUUUCUUGGUAGUCUCGAGCGUCUCGACAAACAUAUCAUUUUAUCUUCCAAUUUUUUCUUUCGAGUCUUGAGUGUCGUUAUAGAUCUCAUUGAUCACUCCGACGUCAACAUACGAGUAAAAUUCAGUAAAUUGUUGCCAUGUUUGGUGACGGAAGACGACAAAACCACGAAAAUUAUUGCGACGAAGUUAAAUGAUGUUUGUACUAAAGCCUCCGUCUCCAAAAACAUAAAGCUUCAAGAUACCAUUGUUCGUACGAUUAGUGAACUCGGUAAGACAGCAGGAGAAGAUCUCUUGCUGGUGGUCGUCGUCAGUUUGCUUGAGAUGUUUCUCGAUCAUGAGAAAAUAAUUUCAUCUUUAGCAUUCACACAGAUACAUCGCGUUGCAAAAUGUAGGGGCAAAACUUCCCAAGAAUUCUUCGCAGAUUUAAAAUAUCAUUUGUGCACGUUUGUCGUCGAGACGAUUAUAAAACGGAUGAAACAAAACGUCGAUCAUUCCGGUUCUGUUUCUUUGAAGAUAUUUCGUGCCAUCAGCGAUGUCUUCGAGUUCAGAAGUAUCAAAGCAUUAAUGCAGUGUGCUCAAAGUAUGUUUAUUCCUCAACUGGUGCAGAAAGCUCUUCCUGAAUGCGCCGUCGUUUUGCGCUGUCUUGCCACGGAACUUAAAGUAAACUACAGAAAGGAUCUUCUCCUGUUGAAUUUUAACUUUAUAUUUUCUUUUCUUGUUCGUAACUGUUCUGGAGAAGAACUUAAAGAGGCUUUGGCAUUUGUUGAGCGUGAAACGAACGUGGAUUUAGGGAGUCUUUUGAAGUCGGACACACAAAGCGUUGUUAACCAACUUCUUUUGCACCUUCAUUCAUCAUAUAAUAAAGUCUUUACUGGUCUCUCUAUUUUGGCCAGCAAAGCUGAUGGUAGCGUCAUGACGGACACUUUUAACUCCGAGCAAAUGGCCGAAUUCUUACAACCUCGACUCUUGGGAAUCCUAGUCUUCUUUAACGCGGUCUUAUUGGAUGAUAGAAACAACGAAAAUCAACGUCUGGCUCUCGCAUCUCUCAUUCAAUUGAUGAAAAUCAUGGGGGAGAAACACAUUAGCGUCGUUCGUGUGAAGGUCAUGGCUAUCUUAAAACUGGCUUUGCAAUUUGAUUUCAAAAGCUGGGGUAACCUGUGUUGUGACGCCUGGCAGUGUUUCGUACAUUGUCUUGAUGUGACAUCCCUCAGACAGAUGCUCGGUCAGAUAUUGGUCGCUUUACAACCGCUGGUCCAGUAUUCAGUCGAAAAGGUAGCCAAUAUAUUUCAUUAUUUGAUCGUGAAGAGAAGGAAAGACUUGGCGGAGAGCUUUAAGGACAUAUGUUGCUCGAUUCCAGACCUUCCCGAGUUUGAUAGCGUCCGCCAUGUAUUCAAAAACAUUACAAAGAAAAGCAGUGAAUUGCGUGAUAAACUUCGCGUGCUUAUGAAAGGUGUUUCGCACGAGAGUAGUGAAGUGAGACUAAACGCGUUGUUAAAACUGAAGACAUUGCUAAAAGAAAAUCAGAAAACACUUCACGAAUACGUCACGAACAAGGACGAAGUUGAUCCGGUGGUUUGUCACUUGAUUGAUACGUUGAUUGCAAGGUGUGAUGAGCCUAGUAGCCAAGCUGUUGUUGCUGAAUGUUUGGGAGAACUGGGUGCAAUUGAUCCUGGAUGGUUCCCAAAACGUAAACAGACCAGUGAUGAACCAGCUGUCUUUGAGAUGAUGUGCGACUCGCCAUUAUUUGCUGUUGAUCUUCUUAACGAACUAGCUCGGGCGUUUGUAGCCGCUGCUGACACCCGUUCGCAGGACUUCUCAGCCUACGCUAUCCAAGAAGUUCUGCAAGUUUAUGAAUGUUCUAGUAACGUAUCAACAAGCUCCGGUUAUAAGAUUUGGCAAGAGUUUCCUGAACAUGUUCAAGAGAUUUUGAAACCGCAUUUUCUAUCCAAGUAUCGUCUUUCGGCCCAGUCUUCACGGACACGAUUAGGAAAAUUAAUCUUCGGUAGUAACAUUGGGCAGAAUUUUAAUGACUGGAUCAGCAACUGGACUUUAGAACUGGUCUCAAAAGUUCGUAAUUGUAAGGCACAGCAAGUGUUUAACGCUUGUUCGGCUGUUUUUAAGUACAAUACGAAUACAGCUAUAUUUCUCUUACCUCAUAUAAUGUUAUAUGUUGCCAUUGAUGGUACUCCAGAUGACCACAAAGAGGUUUACAACGAAAUGUUAGCGAUACUCGACCAUCUCGUGGAAGAAGAAAUGUCUGACGUUAAAGACAAAGAAAAUACAACAGAUUUUAGCCACAGGAGUGCUCAAACAAUCUUCUCUCUUUUGGAUUUCCUGACACGUUGGGCAAGACUCAAAGCCGACGGCGGCUGCCAAACUCAAACCGUAGGCACAAUAUUGCGUUUCGCAAAUACAGAAAGCUCUGAUGCAGGUGACGAACGCUCUAAAGUGGAGCAAUUUCUUGAUGGUAUUCCACAGAAAACGCUGGCGACAGCGUCAUUUCGUUGUAAGGCAUUCGCGCGGUCAUUGAUGCAUUUCGAGCAGUUCAUGAUGAAGAGUGGACAAGAUCUGCAAGCGAACCUUAACUUUAUUCAACGACUUUAUUGGGCUCUAAACGAACCGGAUGGUGUUAUGGGAGUAGCAGCCGUUAGAGAUUGUCCAGCGUCAUUAGAGGAGGUUAUAUUGCAACAUGAAAGUGAAGGCAAAAUUCAUGAUGCAGUUGCUCAUUAUCAAAGUGCCAUACAGUUGGAACCAGACUCUCUUGAAAGUCAUAAGAGGCUCAUGAAAUGUUGGAUUUCAUUGGACAAUGUGUAUCCCGUGUUAAAAUAUGCCAGCGGUCUUCUUGAGGAAAGACCAUAUUGGGGCGAGGCGUUAAACUCAAAUAUAUUGGAGGCCUGCUGGCGUUUGGGUCAGUGGGAAGGACUUGAGUCAAACAUGCCUAGGAAAUUGGAACCAAAAUAUACAGACUGGAGCACGGCCAUCGGUCAAAUACUUCUUGCUACGAGAAGAAAGGACAAAGACGAUUUUACAAAGAGUUUGCAGAAGUUAAGACUGGCACAAAUGGAGCCACUUUCUGCAGCGAGAAUGGAAUCAGGAUCUUAUCAAAGAGGAUAUGAUUUUAUAGUGAGGUUGCAUAUUUUAAACGAACUAGAAGAAGGAUUAAAGCAUGUUUUUGAGGAAAAUUUUCCCACCAUUCACCAAAACGUUAUUGAGGAGAUGUUAUCGAAACUGGAAACAAGAUUAUGUACCACUAGGGCAUCUUUUCAAACCAGAGAACCAAUCCUUUCUUUGCGAAGAGUAAUGUUCAGGCUUUUAAUACAGGACGAUCGUUUAACUGAAAUCGAAGAUCAUUUCUUGCUUCAAACUGCUAAAAUGGCGAGAAAAACUGGUCAUUUUCAAACAGCUGACAGUUAUCUACGCCACAUAAGUGAACACAGCAACACCACUGCAUUUCGUUUGGAACAAUCGAAAUUAUUAUGUUCUCAGGGAGAUUCUCUCAAAGCACUUUUACGAUUGCAAAAAUGGAUCGCCUAUGAGCAAUCGUCGUUGAAUGAAAACAGUACCGAGAAUACUUUAACAAAGGCUAAGACGUUGCUCUAUGUUGCUCGUUGGAUGGAAGAGACUGCAAAUUACAAACCUCAAGAAUGUCUUGCAAAAUACAAGGACGCCGUUAAUUUACAUAGUCAAUGGGAAAAUAGCAAUUUUUAUUUGGCGAAGUAUUACGAGAAGAUUAUGAAUUCAGUGGACGAUACCAAGAAAUCGGGGAAGUUAGAUUUCCUACCUUUCGUGAUGAAACAUUAUGGCGAAUCUUUAAAGUAUGGUGAUAAGUUUAUUUAUCAAACUGUGUCAAAAAUACUCCAGCUUUGGCUCGACUUUGGAGAUAGCAUUGUUGAACAAGAAGAACAAUCGAAAUCGGAUAAAGCUGUUUUGAAACAGAAACUGGAAAAUCUAAAUAACAUAAUCAGUGAGCUGACAGAAAAUUUACCACCUUAUAAAUUCUUCACUGCUUUCCCCCAACUUAUAUCACGAAUAUGUCAUCGCAACGAGGAGGUCUGGGCUCGACUUAAGACUUUAAUAUCAAAGUUGAUGAUGACCUAUCCCCAACAAGCUAUUUGGCUCAUGAUGGCUGUGUCAAAGUCGUCUUUGGCACUUCGCAAAGGCCGCUGUCAACAGAUAUUUACUGCUGCAAAGCGAUCAGAGAAAAGUCUUGGAAAGUUUAUUGAGGAUGCUUGCAAGUUGGCCCACUUCUUAUGUGAUGUUUCGGAGAAGAACCGUGGCAAGGAGAAUGUUCUUAGCAUAUCUCAGGACUUCGGAUCGUUGAAAAGACUUGUUAUGGACAACAACUUCAGCCCGAUUAUAAUCCCUCUGCAAUCGUCAUUGACGGUAACAUUACCCACUGGUAAAGGAGAAAAUAAACGACAUUAUCCAUUUCCAGAAUCUCAGCCCACGUUUAUUGGCUUUGAUGACAAGGUUGAUGUCUUCCAGUCCCUUGCUAGACCGAAGAAAAUAACCGUUAAAGGAAGCGAUGGACAAAACUACACCCUCCUUUGCAAACCAAAGGACGAUCUUCGCAAAGAUAGCCGAACGAUGGAGUUUAACAGUCUGAUUAACAAGUAUUUAAGAAAAGACCCCGAAUGUCGGCGGCGUCAAUUACAUAUUAGAACUUACGCAGUUGUGCCUCUUAAUGAAGAAUGUGGAUUAUUGGAAUGGGUUCAAAAUACGGCCGUCUUAAGAAAAAUUUUACUCAAGAUGUACAAGGAAAAAAAAUUCCAUACCCGUUCCUCUGAACUUAAAAGACUUUAUGAAGCAAUGACCUCGUCUCCCAAGGAAGAAAGACUGAAGAUUUUCGAGACACAACUAUUGUCACGACAUCCUGCAAUCUUUAACGAGUGGUUUCUAAAAAUGUUUCCCACUCCUAUUUCUUGGUACAACAGUCGCCUUUCCUAUUGUCGGACACUUGCUGUCAUGUCAAUGGUCGGCUACAUUCUUGGCCUUGGUGAUAGACAUGGGGAAAAUAUAUUGCUUGAUUCUACGACUGGAGACUGUGUACAUGUCGACUUCAACUGUUUGUUUAACAAGGGUGAAACUUUUGACUGUCCAGAAGUUGUACCAUUUAGACUCACUCACAACAUGGUCCAAGCUAUGGGUCCUUUGGGGUACGAGGGGGUUUUUCGUCGUUCUUGCGAGGUGACGUUGAAGGUUAUGCGAGACGAAUCAGAUUCGUUACUAAGUGUCUUGAAAACUUUCGUUUAUGAUCCUUUGGUGGAAUGGGGUGAGCGACGUCUUCGAGGCUCGGGAGCUGCUGCCAAGGAGCAGGGUCUGAAGAUUGUCAAACAAAUAGACCAAAGACUCCGGGGAUAUAGCAAGAAUAAAAUAUUACUUCCUCUCUCUAUUGAAGGAGAAGUGCAUCGGCUUAUCACAGAGGCCACAGAUAUUGAUAAUUUGUCUCGAAUGUACAUAGGAUGGGCUGCGUACCUUUAGAAUAUUUUAAAAAACAGGCAGAAAGGAAAAAGAAAACUGUGUUGAAGAUACUGUGUAAAUUGUUAAAGUUUUGUUACAAAAUUAGCAUAAUAUGCGAAAAUAUUGUGUUGCGCCAGCGAACUACGGUGUCAGUGAUAAUAAUACAUACAUAAUUAUAGCCACUGAAACAUUUUAAUUGUAAGUCAAGAUUGCUGUAAUUUGAUAUUAUGAUACAAUUACAGUAAAACUAUAAAUCGUA